GUUUUAUAUUGAAUAGUGCUCGUCACUUUCCACAUGUGCACCCCUGCUCCUUCUGUUCCAGAACCUGGGGCAAAAAAAUAUAAAAAAAUAAAAAAUAGAUGAUAUAUAAAACAAAGAAAGAUCGAAGACGCACUUACGCACAGAGAGACUUUCCAACUUUGGACAAUUGCUCGAACUGUUAUAUGGAUAUCAUCCAGGAAGCUGUAUUAAGCAUUCGGCAAAACUGGUUUAUAAACCGGUUUUGCCGAUGAUGAAGAGGUUGAAAUCAGGAAGGAGAGCACCACAUGUAUG